AUGUCGGUUUCGACAAUCCGUGCACUUACUAUAUUGCUCAUAUUAGUCAGCACAUGUUUUGCUGAUUUGUCAUCGUGUGCAAGAGCUAAAUGUGUUCAUUGUGCUGUCGAUUUUAUUAACCGAAUGUGUCCGACAGCUUGUUCUGGAUGUGGAGGACAACAACAAAGUUCAGCUUUGGUGAGUUAGAACAAGUCGUUUUGGGGAAAUAGGCCUCUCACUCUUUGUACAUACAAACACUUUGUUGAUAGUGUACGAGAGGUGUUCGGAUGUCCUAGCAGCCUGUCGCGUCUUGAAAAACACAAUCUAAUUUCCAGAUCCAACCACAACUUCCACCACAACCAGCUCCAGUUUAUCAAACUCAACAACAACAACAAUUCAGCCACUCAAUAAAUGCUCGUCAAGUAUCUGCUGAAGGUGGAGCUCAACCACAAUUCAACAUUCCACUUCAACCACACGCUCAACCUGUGCAAUUCGCCGCUCCAAACUAUCAAGGUCAACAACUUCCAUAUCCUCAGCCAGUUCAAACUGCUACACUCGCUCCACUUGUUGAACCACCAAAGAUCUCGACUUUCGAUCCAAAUCUCAGUCGUCAACCAGCCGAUCUUGCACCAGAACAACCACAAAUUCAACAACCCCAACAACUUCCACAACUUUUCCCACAACAACAACCAGCUCAACCACAAGGAUUCGGAACACAAAUGGAAAACUUGUUCAAUCAACCAAACCUUUUCCAACUUCCCCAACCCCAACAACAACCUCAACUUUUCGGUCUCCCACAACAACCAGGCCAACCAAACUUAUUCCAAUUACCCCAAUCAACAAACCCAUUAGACCCAUUUAAUUUGUUCGGAAACUCUGCCGCUCCAUUGCAACAACAAGGAAUCAGCACUCAACAAUACGGACAAGUUCAACAUCAAGGAAGUUAUAACUACAAUCAACAGCCAUACUAUCAACAAACCCAACAACCAGCUGUUCAACAACCAUACCAACAACCAACAUAUCAAUCAGCUCAAGUUCAACAAACUUAUCAACCACAACCUCAAACCCAGCAAGUUGCUCAACCUCAACAACCUUAUCAGCAACCAUACCAGCAACCACAGCAACAACAAUAUACUCAACAAUACAAUCAAUAUCAGCAACAGGUCCAACAACCUCAAGUUCAAGUUCCCCAAACUCCUCAACAACCAUCAUUGCCAGUUGCUCAACCACAACAAGUCGCUGCUCCACAACAACCUCGGCCACUUCCACAAGCGCCGGCUCCAGUUGCCGCUGCCGCCGCUGCACCAAGCAUUGAUGCGAGACCAGUUAGUUUCGAAAAAUAUAUUGAUGCCGGAAAGGGAACUCCGUUGGCAAAAGCUCAAUGUCCACGUCAACCAGGAUGGCAACCGUGUAUUACAAAAGAAAGCGCUAAUGAUCGAUUCAGAAAUUGUUGUUCGAGACUUGGAGAAGGAUGUGCUCCACUUUGUAAUUAUGAUGCUACUUUGGCUACAGUAAGUUGUCAGGAAUAAUAUUUUCAAAAUUAAAUGUGAUUUUUGCAGAUGCAACUGGCUGUUCUCACAGGGAGAUGUCCAUUGAGUAAAGUAGGAGAUGUUAUGGUGUGUGCUUCAGGAUACGAAGAUGCUUCACAAUGUUGUGAAGCAUACGGUGUAUUCGAACCAGGAUACGAACAUUGUCGACCAUAUUGUAAUCCAUCAGCUGGUUUGCCAGAAGGUGGACUUUUGACAGAGAAAUACAAGUGUUUGGUGAAGCUGUCACAUAUUCAACAAUGCUUCUUUGUUUCACAGAAACCAUAA